AUGCAAGAUUUCCUAGACUAUUCUGGAAUAUAAUAAAAUGAAAAAAGUCUGUUGUUAGAUAUUUCUGCUAUUCCUUUUAUUGAAGAGAAAUUUACUGAUGAUUUAAUAAAUUAACAACUAAUAUUACUAAGAUCUCAAGACAUUAUAAAAGAACCAAAUAAUGAUAAAUAAUUAACUAAUGCAGCUAUUUAACUAAAGAAGAAAGUAAUAGCUUCAUUAGAAAAAUAUUCAUAAUUGCUCAUUUGUAAGGAUAACUCUAUAAGAUAAGUUAUUAAGUAGGAUUUAAUAUUAAUCAAUUAAGAAUAUCAAGUAUUAUUAAAUAUGGUAGAUCAAAGUGAAAAAGUAUCAGAUGAAGUUUAUUAGAUAAUUAAAUUGUUAGGAGAAUUUAUGGAAUAAAUGACUAUUAAAUCAAAUGAGAAAAAGGAUAUAUUAUAUUCAAAGACAUUAUCUGAUUAAUAAUAAAUUUACAAAAAUCAAUCAGAAUCAUAAUAAACAAAUUCAUAUGAAAGUUUUUAAAAAUAAAGAUCAUUACCAAUUAAAUUAUAUUAAAAAUAAAACAAUAAUUCUUUUGAAUCAGAUGAAAGCACUAUAAUUUCAAAUUAGACUGUUAGUGCUAUUAAUAAUAAAAUAUAAAAAUUGAUAUCAAUAUUAAAAUCUAAUUAAGAAUAUUAAAUUAUGAUAAAUUUAGCUUAAGAAAUACUAAAUAAUUCAGAUAAUAAUGAUACCUUUAGAAGAUUAAGGUAGCUUUCAAAAUAAUAUGAAGAUCCUGAUAUCAAGAAAUUAGUCAAAGUUUGUUAUCUAAAAUAAUUAGCUUAAGAAUAAAGCCAAACAAAUACAUCAAAAAGAGAAUUUUAUGAUUUAGUAAUAAAAAUAAAAAGUCAAAUACCAGAAAAUAAUAAAAUCCAUAAAAUGAUGAUAAGUUCUUUAUAUGAUGAAAUCGUAAAGAAAGGAGUUCCAAAUUCAGAAUGGGAAUCAUAUAUGAAACAAUUAUACAAUUGA